GCACUCAUAUCUUUAAACCUCUGUUAAAAUCUACAUAAUGGCCGAGUUACUUUUUCCACAACUAGAGCGUCCCUUGCCGACGUUGCCAUCACUGCAUUAUACUCUAUUUGCCUACAGGGAGGAAUUGCGACGUCGCGAUGCUCCAUUUAUGAAGAUGUCCACCAUCAAACUGCAUCUUACGGAUAAUCUGAUCCUGCAGACGAUCAAAAAUAUCCGGCAGUACGAUACCAUGGAGAUCAUGAAUCUAAACGAGGAGAUCAACUUCAAGCGGCGGUUGACCAAGCAAAUGAGGAAGGUGCGCAAACUGGAGAAACUCGGCCUCAACAUCGAUCCCCGGAAACUCAAUGAAGGUGGUCAAUGGCACUAAAGACUGUUUUCAUGGAACUUCUAACUCCAAACACUCUAUGCAAAUUCUAACGUAUAUCAUACAAAUCCUUAACUAUCCUUACAUACUCUGAGCAUGUGAAAUUAGAUUAUAAGCAAAGU